UUCAGCACUGCCGGGCACCCAGUGCUGAGGCCGAUUCGACCCGUUGCUUCAGCACUGGAACAUCAGUGCGGAACCUGCUACUUUUGUACCAGACUCCUCCUGGCCGAAUAAGGGGACUUUGGUCAAGUUAGGAAUAAAAGCCUACUGUUGGCCGUCCUUUGGUCUAAAACUGUGGCGUAUUUUCACUAGGUUCUGACAAGUUGACAAGUUUUAUUUCAACACGUAACGUUACGGCAUGGCAGCACUUUUGUAGUUUUCCCGAGGACCUGGAUAAAAGUCUGGUUUCCAGGGUAGUUACAGAGAUCUCCGGAAAACCAGUGUUCAAAGGUCACCAUUUUAAGCGGCCAAAGUUCAAAACAUAUGACUGCAGCCAGCACAAACACUAAAGCUUGGCCAAGCCCAUGUGAACCACAGAACCACCUGUUGAUUUGGAGAUCAAAGUCUGAAUGAACGCGAAAAAAAGUGUUAAUCGUAUCGUCUAUGUCCACGUUUAAACAACGCGAAGGAACUAAGGGCCACUAAGGUACAACAGUAACAACCUCCAAGCAAAGAUACGAGACGUAAGAGACAUGUUCCAGCCUGGAGGGGACAAAAAGGUACUUUGUGCAGGUCUGAUCUGUCUGGAUAUCCUGAGUGUGCUGGACCACUACCCUGUGGAGGACACCGAUAACAGUAUGGUUCUGGAUGAGAUGCGUGAAUUUGGGGUGGAGAUAGACCAUGUUGUGAUGCAUGAUGGCUGUGACUUUCCCUCCUCCACCAUCAUCAUCAACACUCACACUGGGUCCAGGACUAUAAUACAUGCUGACAAAGACCUACCGGAGCUGACCUUCUCACAGUUCCAACAGCUGGACCUGAACUGGUACAAGUGGAUCCACUUUGAAGGCCGCAACAUGACCGAGGUAUCUCAGAUGGUGAAUGCCGUGCAGGAGUUCAACCACAGUGCCUCCAUGGAGGACAGGAUCAUCAUCUCUGGAGAGUGUGAGAAGGCCAAAUACCAGCCAGAAUACUUCAUAUCAACAGUAGAUGUUCUGUUUGUUGCUAAGGAGUAUGCACAGCAUCAUGGCUUCACCACAGCCAAGGCAGCAGUGCACGGGUUUCACAGCAGGGUCAAGAAAAGUGCCACAGUGGUUUGUGCAUGGGGAGAGGCUGGAGCAGAUGCCAUGGGUCCUGAUGGAGUGCAUCACCACACUGAUGCCUAUUCACCAGGACAGGUUGUAGACACACUAGGCGCAGGAGACACCUUUAAUGGAGCAAUUAUUGCAGCAAUGUGCCGCAGUCUGCCUCUAGAUGAAGUGCUGAAAUUUGGCUGCAGGGUAGCUGGGAGGAAAUGUGGACAGUUUGGGUACAGAGGACUCAGAGAGUAACUCACUCCAUUUCCAUUUGAAAAGGACUCAAACAAAAUGUACAAUCCUGCUCAUUUUGAUGGAGCUAUGUGUCCAUGUACUAUUAAUAAAAAAUUGUAAAUUAAUGUUUAAGUUUUUUUAUAGUAUGUACACUUGCCCAAGUUACAGGACAUAUAUAAUUGUCCUGUGUCACUGGGUCCAGCUGGUACUGCACAGUUACUAACUACAUGUAUAAUGUCACUGGUAUGUGUUCUAUGAAAACAAACACAGACUACAUCAUACGGAUUCCAUGUACAUGUAAUAAAUUACAUCCAACACAUUAGUUUUGUAAAAAUUCUCAGUCAUGGGUACAUUUAAACAUGGGAAGAUGAUGGUUCAGACAGCUUUUAACAAAUAUCUUUUUAUAUCAUGUAGAAAACAUUCCCAACAUGGAAUGUUUUAGUUGGAAGAAACUUUACAACAACCCUUAUACUGAGACCAGAUGUUAUCUUCAUCAUCAUCAUCUGUCGUCCCUGGCGGGCGGGGUGAGGCGUUGCACAACAUGUGUUGUCUUCAUGCAUUAUCAAUGUUACAAUGGAUUGAAUCAGCAUAUCAGCCAUCGUGACUGCAUCAUAUUUUAUUCAUCAGUGUAUUGCCCUGUAAUGCACUUAAUGUGAAUAGCUACCAUGCCUUCAACUACAUGUAUGUGCAUUUUGUUUUUCUUUUUCUCCUUGAUUGAAGCUAACAUCUCCGGUCCUUACCCCGCUCCAUGCGCAAUCCUGAACUAGUUGGAUAAAUGAGCAGUGCUGUGAUAUGCCCAUUCAUGAUAUGGACCCAUGACAGUUGACUAAGUUACUGUCUUGGAAACCACAGGUUAAAACAAUGUCAUUUGUUUAAGCUCGUAAGCACCAGCAACCAAUGCUUGAAAUUUUGUUUGAAUUUCACCGCUCUAACAGGAGUUGACAAGCGAACAGCUUACGAACAUGGCCUUCAACACAGCGGAAUUA